AUGACCAUGCUGGACUUCAGCUUCUACGUUACCACACCCCGGCUGGCAAUAACCUACUUCAAUCCCACGAAGGAGUCGCAUAUCGAUUUCACUUUUGAAAUGUACAAGGAUUACACCAAAGUUGACGAGAAUGGGAACAUUGAGCACAUCAUGCCCGGCCGUGCAGCAGCCAUUGAACUGAUUGAAGCCCGCGUGACGGAGAUCGAGUCAACCGGCUACGGCAGAUACUGCGUCUCAGUUCUUGCUCCACCAUCCGGACCCGAUGACGAUACCGCGAACCGCGUGCAAAACGCGACGCCCGUUGGCUUAGUCGGUCUCAACCUUCGCGGGCCAGGCACGCCACCUUUACCUGACAUUGGCAUUAACCUUCUCCCGUCCGCUAGAGGGAAGGGGUAUGCGCUCGAAGCUAUGAAGGGUCUUUCAGAUUACUAUGACCGCGAAAAGGGAGUGACGGAGCUGCUGGGAUAUUGCGAUGAUGAUAACACGGCUUCGAAGAAGGUGUUGAGAAGAGCUGGAUUUGAAUUGCUGGGCGAGAGGAAUAUCUGGGUCUCGCAGAAGAGUCCAGCACAGGUCGUAACGGGCGAGCAGCCAAAGAGCGUGCUGGUAUGGACGAGAGGGCUGGAGAAGGAUCCGAAGGACUAUGGCUUGUAA